AUGGACGAGUCUGAGGUCGCUCUUCCUGCUAAACGCGUGUUUCCACCGUUGUAUGUAUCGACUGGUGACGCGUCCAUCGACAGGCUGGCAUUCUUCCACGUUCUAGAAAGAUUAAAGAGAGGUUCGCGAUGCAUAGCAUGGCAUGACUCACUCACUCGCGUGUCUGAUAGUAUAUCAGAUCACAUGUACCGCAUGGCUAUACUCGCUAUGUGUACAUGCGUUAUGAUGGCUGUCGUGCACGACCUUGCUGAAGCGCAAGUGGGUGACAUCACGCCUCGAGAAGGAAUUUCGAAACAGGAAAAGCAGCGCUUAGAGGCGGAAGCGAUGCACAAUUUUGUGCAUGAUAUGCUCCAUGGUUCCCUAGCAGCGCUACGAAUCGAAGCUCUCUGGAACGCAAGUCUUGCAUCGCUCAAGAUGGCUCAAUUCAAGGCUGAUGCUUUACGCAGGAAUACGAGAAGGGGAGAAACGAAUGAAGCAAGGUUCGUCAAAGCAAGCGAGUAUGAAACGGCGCAUGGGCUGGAUCUUCAGCCGUUUUUUGAUUCCAGCUUGCCUUAUUUGCGUCAUCCGGAGGUCAAGCGGUGGGGUGAGGAUUUGGCACAGACUCGUUCGCGGUCGCACUAG